UUCUCAUUCAUAGAUCUAGACUCUGUUUUUUGUAAAUGUAAUUACUUUUGCUUUAGAAUUGUAUGUUUAUUUUAAGUGUUCUAGUUCAAUAGUUAAAAUGGGAAAGCCAGUCAUUUAUUAGUGACACAUUUAAAAGAGAUUGCCAGACAGAGAAGAAAAAAUGUUAUCUCGAAAAAAAGUAAAUGAAACAUCUAAAAAAUAAUGGGAGCGUUCUUGGACAAGCCGAAAACAGACAAGCACAAUGAGCACGGUUGUGGGAAUGGGCUACGCUACGGUGUGGCCAGCAUGCAAGGGUGGCGGGUGGAGAUGGAGGAUGCUCACUGCGCUAUCACAGGGCUGAGCCAAGACCUACAGGACUGGUCAUUCUUCGCCGUGUUCGACGGGCAUGCGGGUGCCCGCGUGUCAGCCCAUUGCGCGGAGCAUCUUCUGGAGUGUAUCAUGGGGACAGAGGAGUUCCGCCAGUCGGACGUCAUUAAAGGUAUCCGCUCGGGAUUUCUGAGCCUGGACGACCCGAUGAGGGAGUUGCCGGAGUUGGCGAGUGGAGAGGACAAGUCGGGGUCGACAGCCGUGUGUGCGCUCAUCUCGCCACGGCAGGUGUUCGUCGCCAAUUGCGGCGACUCGCGAGCAGUGUUAUGCCGCAGUGGUCGGCCUGCCUUCAGCACCCGAGACCACAAGCCGAUCCUGCCGAGUGAGAAGGAGCGCAUACAACGCGCUGGUGGCACAGUAAUGAUACAGCGGGUGAACGGCUCACUGGCAGUGUCACGGGCACUGGGAGAUUAUGAGUACAAGAAUGUUGAAGGCCGCGGACCCUGCGAGCAGCUAGUUUCACCCGAGCCCGAGGUUUUCGUCAAGGAUAGGGAUGAAGAAAAUGAUGAAUUCCUUGUCUUGGCUUGCGACGGAGUCUGGGAUGUAAUGACCAACGAGGAUCUUUGCGAUUUCGUCCGAUCAAGACUCGCAAUCACUGAUGAUCUCGAAGCAAUUACAAAUCAAGUCAUUGAUACAUGCCUCUUUAAGGGAAGCAGAGACAACAUGAGUAUUGUGCUAGUCACCUUCCCUGCAGCUCCCUUGCCUUCUGCGGAGGCCAUCCAACGCGAGAAUGAACUUGAAGCCACAAUAGAGAGGAGGAUAACUGGUACGUAUUUCAUUAUACUCCAGAGAAUGAACCAUUUCAGACUUCAAGUCUAAAAUCAUUGAGCUCAU